CGGCCUUUAUUUUGAAAAGCGGAAACGCCGCCUCAACCCCAGUUGGUCAGCUGACCGUCGGUCGGUCUGCUGACUGUCAAACAACCGAAACCAACUGAGCUGGGACUCGGAACCUCCAGAACCGUUUGGACCAGCGGACGCGCAGCCUGAGUCCCGCCCGGUGGCUCUCCGAACCCCGCACCGGUUCCGGUUCUCUGUACCCGGCAGGAGGCCCGAUCUCCGGCCUGAACACGCCCGCCUCUCCCCUCCGCUGUUUCCGCCGAGGCCGGUCAGCCGGUGGCCGUCCGGCCGCAGCAGAGCGACCCGAGGCGGCCUGCCGGCAGCAUGGCCCCGCUGGACGCGGCCCUGCAGGGCUUCUCGGUGUUCGGCCUGGUUCUGUUCGCGGUUCUGUGGCUCAUGCACUUCAUGUCCAUCAUCUAUGUGCGUCUCCACCUCCACAGGAAGAGGUCAGAGGUCAAGCAGCCGUUUGCUCAGGUCCUGGGCGUUUCUCUGCUGAAGCCGCUGAAGGGCGUCGACCCCAACCUGAUCUCCAACCUGGAGACCUUCUUCACCCUGGACUACCCCAAGUACGAGAUCCUGCUGUGUGUCCAGGACCAGGACGACCCGGCUGUGGACGUCUGCAAGAAGCUGCUGGGGAAGUAUCCCAACGUCGACGCCAGGCUGUUCAUCGGUGGGAAGAAGGUCGGGAUCAACCCCAAGAUCAACAACCUGAUGCCCGGAUACGAAGCAGCCAAGUACGGACUGGUGUGGAUCUGUGACAGCGGCAUCCGAGUGAAACCCGACACUCUGACCGAUCUGACCAAUCAGAUGACGGAGAAGGUGGGUCUGGUCCACGGGCUGCCGUACGUCGCCGACCGCCAAGGCUUUGCCGCCACGCUGGAGCAGGUGUACUUCGGGACGUCUCAUCCCCGCUCCUACAUCUCGGCCAACGUGACGGGGAUCAAGUGCGUGACGGGAAUGUCGUGUCUGAUGCGGAAGGACGUUCUGGACCAGGCGGGGGGGCUGGUGGCCUUUGCCCAGUACAUCGCCGAGGAUUACUUCAUGGCCAAGGCCAUCGCCGACAGAGGAUGGAAGUUCUCCAUGGCAACGCAGGUGGCGCUGCAGAACUCCGGCUCUUACUCCAUCGGUCAGUUCCAGUCCCGCAUGAUCAGGUGGACCAAGCUGCGCAUCAACAUGGUUCCCGCCACCAUCCUGGAGCCUGUCUCUGAGUGCUUCCUGGCCAGCCUCAUCAUCGGCUGGGCCGCACAUCACGUCUUCAGGUGGGACAUGAUGGUCUUCUUCAUGUGUCACUGCCUCGCCUGGUUCAUCGCCGACUACGUCCAGCUGACGGGAGUCCAGGGCGGCGCCCUGAGCUUCUCCAAGCUGGACUUCGCUGUGGCGUGGUUCAUCAGGGAGUCCAUGUCGGUGCAGAUCUUCCUGUCGGCGCUGUGGGACCCCACCAUCAGCUGGAGAACGGGUCGGUACCGGCUCCGCUGCGGUGGCACCGCCGAGGAGAUCCUGGAUGUGUAGUUACCAUGGUUACCAGCCGCCCGCCUGGCAGAGGCGGCAGAGACUGUUGGAUUUUUAUGAGGCAGUCUGUGUGCGUUUUUUAACUAUUUAUGUUGGUGCUAAAAAUAAAACCAGUCAAUCACAGCGCAGCACCGAAGAAUAACACGCCUGAGCUCUGAUCAGCCAAUCAGGACAGAGUACCAGCCACUCUGACUUCUCAUUGGUCCCCACUGCUUUUUUUUAAACUUCCAGGACAUCAGAGCAGAGACUUUUACUUUGAAAUCCACAGGAAAUCUGAUACACCUCCGAUCAACUGAUGUGACUUUAAGCGCCUCUGCUGGUCCUGUCACAUAUGGGUCUGAAAAAAAUUCAACAGGGGUCAGAGUAGUCGACCAAUCAGAGACCAGCAGCUCUGUAAUUAAAUGAUUCCUUUAUUAUGAAGGUCCAAACGUUUCAUCACAACUGGACCAAAACAAGAAAAGGCGACACAUUUCUCUGCAGCUGCAGUCCGUCACGCUGUGUGUGUGUGUGUGUGUGUGUGUGUGUGUGUGUGUGUGUGUGUGUGUGUGUGUGUGUGUGUGUGUGUGUGUGUGCGCUCAGCCUCGGGUGUUCAGUGAUGACAUCAUCGGCUGUCGGAUGAACCCCGUCUGAAUGGUUGAGUCUUUUUUGUAUAUUUUGUUUUUCUGUUACAAACCUGCUGGAAAUGGACCAAUCACGGACCAGGACAAUAACCCGCUUCCUGUCAGCGGUCACGCCGUGAUUGGCCGAUGGGAGAGGUUGUGGGCGGGACUUUAACAGAUGCACGGCAGCCAUUGGUUGUAAGGUUUAUUUAUUUAUUCAUGCUCCAAAUUCCUGUCACACCUUCAGAAUAAAUAAAGAUUUAACAAA